UGCCGCUGCUGCAGUCUCCCGGCACCCCAGAAGGUGGCCUUGCCAGCUCUGUCCCCCACGAUGCAGAUGGGCACCAUUGCGCGCUGGGAGAAGAAGGAGGGUGACAAGAUCGGUGAAGGGGAGCUCAUAGCAGAGGUGGAGACAGACAAAGCAACAGUUGGCUUUGAGAGCUUGGAGGAAUGCUACUUGGCCAAGAUCCUGGUGCCAGAAGGAACAAGAGAUGUUCCCAUUGGGGCCAUAAUAUGUAUCACAGUAGAAAAGCCUGAAUAUAUUGAUGCCUUUAAAAAUUAUACUCUAGAUUCUGCAGCGUCUGCCCCCCCUGCAGCAUCAGUGCCUCCCCCUCAAGCUGCAGCUCCCUCACCACCAACUCCGCUUUCUCCUCAGGCUCCUGGCAGCUCUUAUCCUCCUCAUAUGCAGGUCACUCUCCCUGCCCUGUCACCUACCAUGACAAUGGGCACAGUGCAGAGAUGGGAGAAGAAGGUUGGGGAGAAACUGAAUGAGGGAGACUUACUGGCAGAAAUUGAGACAGAUAAAGCCACAAUAGGCUUUGAAGUGCAGGAGGAAGGCUACUUGGCGAAAAUCUUGGUGCCUGAAGGAACAAGAGAUGUGCCAUUAGGAACAGCUCUCUGCAUCAUUGUGGAGAAAGAGUCCGAUAUUCCAGCCUUUGCUGACUACCAAGACACUGCAGUAACUGACAUGAAGGCACAAGCUCCUCCUCCUACUCCUCCACUAGUGGUAGCAACUCCUCCUGCUCCUCCUCCUCCCCAGCCUGCUGUUCCUUCCACUCCAGCAGUCCCUACAGCUGGGCCACCUCCCCGGAAAGGAAGGAUCCUGGUUAGUCCCCUGGCAAAGAAAAUGGCAGCAGAAAAAGGAAUUGACCUUGCCCAAGUAAAAGGUACUGGACCAGAUGGUAGAAUCACAAAGAAAGAUGUGGAGUCAUUUGUGCCGCCAAAGGUUGCUCCAGCUCCAGCAGUAGAGGCAGUUCCUGCAGCUGCUGCAGUUGCAGCAGCACCAGUGGGGACCUUCACAGAUAUCCCUAUCAGCAACAUUCGGAGGGUCAUUGCUCAGCGGUUGAUGCAGUCUAAACAAACAAUACCUCACUACUACCUUUCUGUUGAUAUAAACAUGGGAGAAGUACUGGUGCUAAGGAAAGAACUCAAUCAGGAGGUCUCGGAUAACAUUAAACUUUCUGUCAAUGACUUCAUAAUUAAAGCUGCUGCUCUGGCAUGCUUGAAGGUGCCUGAGGCAAAUUCUUCAUGGAUGGACACAGUUAUUAGGCAAAACCACGUAGUGGAUGUUAGCGUUGCAGUUAGUACUCCUGCAGGGCUUAUAACUCCUAUUGUGUUUAAUGCACAUAUAAAGGGCCUGGCUUCCAUUAGUAAGGAUGUGGUUUCUUUGGCAACUAAAGCCCGAGAAGGUAAACUUCAGCCUCAUGAAUUCCAGGGUGGUACUUUCACAAUUUCCAAUUUAGGAAUGUAUGGGAUUAAGAAUUUCUCUGCCAUAAUCAAUCCACCUCAAGCCUGCAUCCUUGCAGUUGGUUCCUCAGAGAAAAGGCUAGUGCCAGCUGAUAAUGAGAAAGGAUUUGAUGUGGCCAGUGUGAUGUCCGUUACACUUAGCUGUGACCAUCGUGUUGUAGACGGAGCAGUGGGAGCACAGUGGCUUGCUGAAUUCAAGAAUUUCCUUGAAAAGCCAGUAACCAUGCUGCUAUAAUUUAACCAUACAAGCAAAAUAUUCCUGGGUCACACUGUUUUGUUUUAAACAAGCUAUUUAGACUUUAGUGUCAGACUUAUUAAGAGUUCCUUUUUUAUUUUAAAUAUGUAUUAUAUUAUCUGGUAAUGUUAUUACCAGUCUGUACAGAAAAA